GUUCGAGCUCGUCCUCCUGACCCCCGUUCACCAUGAGCAGCAACCUGAAGCCGGACGGCGAGCUCUGCACCGGCACGGGCUCCGGCGGCGGCGUUGGCGGCGGCGCCCUGGACGAGGAGGUCCGGACACUGUUCGUCAGUGGUCUCCCUGUGGACAUUAAGCCCAGAGAACUCUACUUGCUUUUCCGGCCGUUCAAGGGCUACGAAGGGUCCCUGAUCAAGCUCACCUCGAGACAGCCCGUUGGUUUUGUGAUCUUUGACAGCCGGGCAGGAGCAGAAGCAGCCAAAAAUGCAUUGAACGGUAUUCGCUUUGAUCCUGAGAAUCCACAGACCCUGAGGCUAGAGUUUGCCAAAGCCAACACCAAGAUGGCCAAGAGCAAGCUGAUGGCAACGCCGAACCCCAGCAGCGCCCACCCUGCCCUAGGAGCGCAUUUGAUCGCCCGAGACCCCUAUGACCUGAUGGGGACUGCUCUGAUCCCUGCAUCCCCAGAUGCCUGGGCCCCUUACCCUCUCUACACCACAGAGCUGACCCCGGCCAUUUCACACACUGCGUUCACCUAUCCAGCGGCCACUGCCGCCGCCGCCGCCCUCCAUGCUCAGGUGCGCUGGUACCCCUCCUCCGACGCCACUCAGCAGGGAUGGAAGUACCGUCAGUUCUGUUAGCUCCUCAGUCUUGUCAUCGGGGAGUGGCUCGGGGGCUGUGUGUUGGGGCAGAACAGAGCCCUUGCCCUUCCGCCGACCCCCGUGGCCUGUGCAGAGUCGCUGCCCCCUCCAGACACUGUGAAUCUUAAGCCUGACCCAGUGGGCUGCUCCUCUCCCCUUCGUCCUCAGCCCUGCUCCGAGGCCUUCAGGGAGGGUCGCCUGGACCUUCUUGCCGGGACAGCCAGACAGACCCAGUUCAGAGGCGUCACUGGGACCCAGUGCAGCCUGGCCUCCCGCCCAGAACUUGCUUCUUUAGCUCCCCCUCACAGAAAUGAGGCAUUUAAUUUUGCAUGUUUUCUGGCAUGAAUUUUUGACACUGGUGUCUAUGUGUGUGUACAGUUUGUUCCCACAUUGCGUCACCGUAGUGACAGGUCCCGGCACACUCAGGGCUCAUGCUGCCCGGCCCCGCUCUGCACGUCCCCCACUCCUCUACCCACCCUGCUUCAGGGAGGCCUGAGCCCUGGGACCACUCUGCCUUGAGGGCGCCCCCCCCCGCCCCCCGCCACCCAUACACACACACAGCUCCUUCCAGAGCCCGUCCUCGCCCGCCGCAGGUCUGCUGUACCCGCCUUUCACUUCAGACCUGAGCCCUCCAUCGGCUCCUUCCCAGAGGGGCCGCAGUGUAAGAAAACCCCUCUCCCCAGCACACCCUACCCUGCCGCUGCUUCUCAUUCUUCUGAACCUCGAAACCAACCAAAACGUGAAAACUAUUUUUGUAUCCUGUGUAACAAAAUAUUUAUGGAUCAUAAAGGAUUUUUCAUGUGUUUACCAUUAAUUAUUGAAGAGAUCUUGUUUGCCCUGUCAGAUAAGUUUAGUGUUUAGUUUGAGGCAUGAAGAAAAGGGUUUGCAUUCUUCAGCAUUAAGCCUUUGUGUCAGGCGUUGGUUUAAGGAGAAGGAAAUGAAGGAUAACUUGUGCAAUUCUGUUUUAUUUUGUGAGCGUGUCAGUGCCUUGCCUUUAGCCCUGGCUCUGACUGUCUUGCGUUUCAGACACGGGAGGCCGUGUGGCCGUUGUCCUGGCUGACCCUGUGAGAAUGUGAAACUGGAUCGUAUAUAAAAUGCAAAAUAAAAAACUCCAAAGA